AUGGCUCCGAUCAUGGAGACUUCUCUCACCAUAGCUCUUCUCUUUACCUACCGAGCACUGUCUGUUACACCACCCUCUGGCACGCUCUCGACCAUCCUCCCUCGUGCCACCGACACCCGCUUUGGCAACUUCAUCUCUGAUACAGGCGCUGGUGGCUACGUCCAGAAAUGGAACCAGUCUCUCUUCUCCAUCUCGGAUGGGUCCAAGUGCUACACCACGCACACUGGAUAUGCAGCGAUCGAUGCUAACAACCCAUCCAACUUGAUCGUCAUCGGUGACUAUAACGACAUCGGUCCUAACCAUCUGCCAAACCAGCCAGACUUCUGGCAUGGCGAUGGUGGUGCAGGACUCAUUGGAUGGAUCCCGUCCGCCGAUGUCGAAUGCGAUAAUCCGACUUGUUUCGCACCAGCACCACACGUUGCUCCAAUCCCUAUUCCAGGCAACGAUACUGGCCUUCUGAAUGUCUGGCCUGUCCACCCCAAUGAGGGUGCUUACACUUAUAACACUAUGUUCGAGAUGAACUUCCCUGUCAACGCAGAUUACCUGAAUGAUGUGCUCAAGCAGCAAGUCCCUGCUGUUCGUACGGCCCCUGUCCUGUUCAAUAUCACCAAGAGUCAGGCGGGAUAUGGCAGCGCUGCUUUGACGAGUGGUCGUGGCAAUGAGGCUAACACAUACUUCUACCUCUGGGAAGGCGACUCGACGGGCUGGAAGCUGGCUCGUGCUCCAUGGGCUUCUCGAGCCGACAAGACAACAUUCGAUUACUGGCAUGGCUCUGCAGGUUGGGUUCGAAAUGCUCCUUUGAGAUACAAUAACGAUGCCUAUGGCAAUUUAGCGAACGUGUCCCGCCCAGGUCUCGGCGUAUGGGGACAAGACAUCCGUUGGGUCGACCGCUUCCAGACCUACGUGAUCACCUUCCAGGGCGCUCCAGGCUAUUCGCAAGAGGUUAUGUACUCGACCACAGGAGCCAUCACAGGCCCAUACUCUGCUCCAGUUACGCUCUUCACCCCAACACUCGACUCGGCCUGCAGCUAUGGCAAUAACACGAAGAAGUACCCAUUCGUGGACUUCAUCCAAAUGCAUUGGGACUACUAUGAAUAUGGCUGUUGUUCAGUGGAAGUGAUGGUCGAAAUGAGAAUUUCCGGCGGUCCCUUACCACGCUCUGCAAGCUUCGCAGGAGUAAAUCGCUUUGGAAGCCGCGACGAGAAUGUCGAUAUGAGAUUGACGUUCCAUGCGGCCACCUCACGCGAUCUUGUUGCCUGUACUUCGUAUCUCUCUUCAUUCAUCACCAGGAUGCCCAAACCGCCGGCCUUCCGGUGGAGACUUCAUCAGGAUGUCCCUGAAAAACAUUACGGCCGAAAGCGAUGUACUGGUAAGCAUCUUGAACAGUUACUACAUUCGUCACCGGUCCUGCGAAUUGCACAUGAUAUCAUUGACGCCAUGCGCAUCCCUUGGUGGCCUUCGGUGUUCCAGCCAUCAAAGUCCGCCGUUUCCGCGGAAUGCCCGAGAAGCAGUGAGGCGAAGCCGGAGGCCCAGUCCAGUCCAGUCAUCUCGAGCCUCACACGACACUCAUCCCUCUCCUUCUUUCUUAUCAUCAACAAACCAAUGUCAACACCACCAACCCACGUCAAAUUCAUCUUGGCCGAAACGCACUUCUACAACCCCAUCACACCCACUAGCCAACUCGCACAACAAGAUCGAGUCCAGACGAAGAAGUUGCAGAAGAAAUGUCGUCGCCCCAAGGGCGGCGCUGCUGCAUCGCAGAGUCCUCCUAACGAGAACAUUGUGAGGCAUGUGCUGGACGCAUCAUCACCGUCCUCAUCCACCGAGAGCCUCGCAUAG